UCGGCUUUGACUUCUGUAGACGAUGCUGAGCCGCGGCCGUGACUGACACUCUCGCUCACACGCACGCACGCACGCACGCACGCACGAACUCGGACUUAAGGCAGGAGCUGAAGCCCUGGACCCGGGCUGCUUGUUUCCAGCACCGCGACCAGAACCCAGACCACGGCCCCCGCUCCGCCGCCGCCUCGGAGCCGAGAAGGGCCGCGCUGGACCUCGAGCGCGUCGGCCCCCGGCCGGCAGGGAUGGGGAAGCGAGCGGGCGGAGGCACAGCAGGAGCAGCCGCUGCCUCCACGUCCGCCGUGGCGGGUCUGGAGCCCGCGGCCGCCCGUGGCGGGGGCCUGCGGAGCGCGGCCCCUUGCCUUCUAGGAGCGCUGCACCUGGUGAUGACCCUCGUCGUGGCCGCGGCGCGGGCCGAGAAGGAAGCAUUCAUUCAAUCGGAGAGCAUAAUAGAAGUUCUUCGCUUUGAUGAUGGAGGGUUGCUGCAGAGUGAAACAACACUUGGAUUCAGUUUGUAUCAGCAAAAAAGUAUAUCUCUGUACCGGGGUAAUUGCAGGCCUAUACGAUUUGAGCCGCCAAUGCUAGAUUUCCAUGAACAGCCAGUUGGAAUGCCAAAAAUGGAAAAAGUUUACUUACAUAAUCCUAGUUCUGAAGAAACCAUUACUUUAGUGUCAAUAUCUGCUACAACAUCACAUUUUCAUGCAUCAUUUUUUCAAAAUAGGAAAAUCCUUCCAGGAGGAAAUACAUCAUUUGAUGUUGUUUUUCUUGCAAGAGUAGUAGGAAAUGUAGAAAAUACUUUAUUUAUUAACACAUCUAAUCAUGGGGUAUUUACUUACCAGGUGUUUGGUGUUGGAGUUCCAAAUCCCUAUCGGCUGAGGCCGUUUCUUGGGGCCAGAGUCCCUGUGAACAGCAGCUUCUCCCCAAUCAUAAACAUACACAAUCCUCACAGUGAGCCUUUGCAGGUGGUAGAAAUGUACUCUAGUGGAGGAGAUCUUCACCUUGAACUUCCAACAGGUCAACAGGGAGGUACUAGAAAACUGUGGGAAAUUCCACCUUAUGAAACCAAAGGAGUGAUGAGAGCCAGUUUUUCAUCUAGAGAAGCAGAUAAUCACACAGCCUUCAUACGAAUAAAGACCAAUGCUUCAGACAGCACGGAGUUUAUCAUUCUUCCUGUUGAGGUUGAAGUUACCACAGCUCCUGGAAUUUAUUCUUCAACUGAAAUGUUAGACUUUGGUACACUACGAACACAAGAUCUGCCUAAAGUUUUAAAUCUUCAUUUAUUAAAUUCAGGAACAAAAGAUGUACCAAUUACAAGUGUUCGACCUAUCCCACAAAAUGAUGCUGUAACAGUACACUUUAAACCAAUUACAUUAAAAGCUUCAGAAAGUAAAUACACCAAGGUUGCAAGUAUUAGUUUUGAUGCAUCAAAGGCAAAAAAGGCUUCUCAGUUUUCCGGGAAAAUAACUGUUAAAGCAAAGGAAAAAAGUUAUUCUAAACUUGAAAUACCUUAUCAGGCAGAAGUUUUAGAUGGAUAUUUGGGAUUUGAUCACACAGCAACAUUGUUUCACAUCCGAGACAGUCCUGCUGAUCCUGUGGAAAGGCCAAUUUAUCUUACUAACACUUUCAGUUUUGCAAUCUUCAUUCAUGAUGUUUUGCUACCAAAAGAAGCCAAAACAAUGUUUAAAGUUCACAACUUCAGCAAACCAGUUAUAAUUCUUCCAAAUGAAUCAGGAUAUAUUUUUACCCUAUUUUUUAUGCCAUCCACAUCAUCCAUACACAUAGAUAACAAUAUUUUACUUAUUACCAAUGCGUCUAAAUUCCAUUUACCUGUGCGGGUGUACACAGGUUUUUUAGAUUAUUUUGUAUUACCCCCAAAAAUAGAAGAGCGUUUCAUAGAUUUUGGCAUACUGAGUGCUACAGAAGCAAGUAGUAUUUUAUUUGCCAUAAUCAACAGCAAUCCAAUUGAGUUGUCUAUAAAAAGUUGGCAUAUCAUAGGAGAUGGUUUAUCAAUAGAACUUGUAGCUACAGAAAGAGGCAACAGAACUACAAUCAUUUCAAGCCUUCCAGAGUUAGAAAAAUCUUCAUUAUCAGACCAGUCAUCAGCAAUAUUAGCUUCAGGCUAUUUUGCAGUGUUCAGAGUCAAACUUACUGCCAAAAAGCUGGAAGGAUUUCAUGACGGAGCCAUACAGAUAACAACAGACUAUGAGAUCCUGACGAUUCCCGUGAAGGCUGUGAUUGCAGUGGGCUCACUCACCUGCUUGCCAAAGCAUAUGGUUCUUCCCCCUGCGUUUCCAGGGAAAAUAGUUCAUCAAAGUUUAAAUAUUAUAAAUUCGUUCUCACAGAAGGUAAAGAUACAACAAAUACGUUCAUUGUCAGAAGAUAUACGUUUUUACUACAAACGAUUACGGGGCAACAAAGAAGACUUGGAGCCAGGGAAAAAGUCAAAGAUCGCAAACAUUUACUUUGAUCCUGGACUGCAGUGUGGAGAUCACUGCUAUACUGGCUUACCUUUUCUCUCCAAAUCUGAAUCCAAAAUACAUCCUGGUAUAGCCAUGCAGGAAGAUCUGUGGGAUGCUGACUGGGAUUUGCAUCAAAACCUCUUCAAAGGAUGGCUGGGGAUAAAGGAAAAUUCAGAUCAUCGACUAAAUGCUAUAUUUGAAGUAAAUACAGACCUUCAGAAAAAUAUAAUAUCAAAAAUCACGGCUGAGCUCUCCUGGCCUUCCGUACUCAGCUCACCCCGACACUUGCAGUUCCCACUCACCAGCACAAACUGCUCUUCGGAAGAAGAGAUUACUUUGGAAAACCCUGCAGAUGCCCCUGUUUAUAUUCAGUUUAUUCCUCUGGCUUUAUAUUCCAAUCCUUCAGUCUUUGUAGAUAAGUUAAUGUCAAGGUUUAACUUGAGUAAGACGACAAAGAUAGAUUUGAGAACACUAGAAUUCCAGGUAUUCAGAAAUAAUACUCUUCCACUGCAGAGUUCAACAGGAUUUGCAGAGGGCCUCUCUCGACAUCUCAUUUUAAAUCUAAUUUUAAAACCUGGAGAAAAGAAAUCUGUCAAAGUCAAGUUUACUCCAAUUCACAAUAGAACUGUCUCCUCACUAAUCAUAAUCAGGAACAACCUGACGGUGAUGGAUGUUGUGAUUGUCCAAGGACAUGGGACAACAGAGAACUUGAGAGUGGCAGGCAAGCUUCCCGGUCCUGGCAGCUCCUUACGCUUUAAAAUCACAGAGGCAUUAUUAAAAGAUUGCACCGAUUCUUUGAAACUUCGAGAACCAAAUUUCACCUUGAAAAGAACAUUUAAAGUAGAGAAUACAGGACAACUGCAUAUUCACAUAGAGGCCAUUGAAAUAAGUGGAUACUCAUGUGAGGGAUAUGGCUUUAAAGUUGUUAAUUGUCAAGAGUUUACACUAAGUGCCAAUGCUUCUAAAGAUAUAAUCAUAUUGUUUACUCCUGAUUUCACAGCCUCUAGAGUUAUUCGUGAACUGAAGUUGAUCACAACUAAUGGCUCUGAAUUUGUAUUUAUAUUGAAUGCAUCCCUUCCCUACCAUAUGUUAGCAACCUGUGCAGAAGCUCUACCCAGGCCCAACUGGGAAUUGGCUUUGUACAUCAUCAUCUCAGGAAUAAUGAGUGCACUCUUCCUCCUAGUGAUUGGAACAGCCUACUUGGAAGCACAAGGAAUUUGGGAGCCAUUUCGGAGGCGAUUGUCCUUUGAGGCCUCAAACUCGCCCUUUGAUGUGGGAAGGCCAUUUGACUUGAGAAGAAUCGUUGGUAUUUCUUCUGAAGGAAACUUGAACAUACUCAGCUGUGACCCAAAUCAUGGUAGAGGCUUCUGUGGAGCAGGCAGCUCGUCUUCCAGACCAGGUGCAGGGGGUCACAAGCAGUGUGGCACAUCAGUCCAUCCACACAGCAGUCACAGCAGUAGAAACUCAGCUGAUGUUGAAAGCGUCAGAUCCAAAAUCAGUUCAGGUACCUCUAGCAGGACUUCCAUACAAGCAGCUUCCUCACAGUCUGCUAGCAAAGCAAGCCCCCUUGUGUUAGAUUCAAACACAGUGACCCAGAGUCAAACAGCUGGCAGAAAAUCCAGAGGAGCCAAACAGAACCAGCAGAUCAGUCAGCAUCAUGCUCACAGCACACUGGAACAGCACGUGCAACCUCCACCACCAUCAGUGCCUCAGCACCAGGACCCACAGCCUGAGAGACUCUCCCCCACCCCCCUCACACAACUUCCCCACCCUGAACGUGCCAGCAGCACAAGGCACAGCUCAGAGGACUCCGACAUCACCAGUCUCAUAGAAGCCAUGGACAAAGACUUUGACCACCAUGACUCCUCACCCCUCGAAGUGUUUACAGAGCAGCCUCCAUCACCAUUGUCAAAAAACAAAGGGAAAGGAAAACUGCUUCAGCACAAGAUUAAAGCGCCUAAGAAGCAUGAAGAGAAGGAGAAGAAGGGAAAGGGAAAGGCACAGGAAGAUGAGCUGAAAGACUCACUGGCUGACGAUGACAGCUCGUCCACCACCACAGAGACCUCCAACCCAGACACAGAGCCGCUUCUCAGAGAGGAUACAGAGAAACAAAAGGGAAAACAAGCCAUGACUGAAAAACAUGAGAAUGAAAUGUCUCAAGUGAAACAAAGAAACAAAAAACUCUUAAAUGUUAAAAAAGAAGUCCCAGCAGAUGUGAAACCCAGUUCUUUAGAGCUAGCAUACACAUCCUCGUUGGAAAGUAAACAACGUAGAAAUCUCCCAACCAAGAUUCCUCUCCCCACCACCUUGACAAGUGGAUCCAAAUCAAGAAAUUUCCAGAAAACAAAAGGUACCAAUAAGUUAAUGGAUAACAGACCACCCACCCUAGCUAAAUUCCUCCCAAAUAGUCAAGAACUAGGCAACACUAGUAGCUCAGAAGGUGAAAAGGACUCUCCUCCACCAGAGUGGGAUUCCGUCCCUAUUCACAAACCUGGAAGCUCUGCUGACAGUCUUUAUAAACUUUCUCUGCAAACCCUCAACGCAGACAUUUUCUUGAAACAACGCCAGACCUCACCGACACCUGCCUCACCCUCACUCCCUGCUGCCCCGUGCCCAUUUGUGACACGUGGCAGCUAUAGCAGCAUUGUCAACAGCAGCUGCAGCAGUGACUUGAAAACAAAGCAGCCAAGUGGAAGCAAACACAAGCUGACAAAAGCCACCUCGCUCCCAGGAAAGAAUGGCAACCCCACCUUUGCUGCAGUCACAGCUGGUUAUGACAAGAGUCCAGGUGGCAAUGGCUUUGCUAAAGUGUCUUCUAGCAAAACCGAUUUUUCCAGCAGCCUGGGCAUUUCCCACACUCCUGUUGACAGCGAUAGCUCAGACAGCUCGUGUUUGUGGAGUCCUGACAGCAACCCCAGCAGCCCUGACCUCACACCCCUCAACUCAUUCUCGGCCUUUGGAAAUUCUUUUAAUCUGACUGGUGAAGUUUUUAGCAAACUCGGGUUAUCUCGGUCAUGCAGCCAAGCCCCACAGAGGAGCUGGAGUGAGUUUAGCAGUGGCCCUUCGUACCUGUGGGAGUCUCCGGCCACAGACCCCAGCCCUUCCUGGCCGGUUAGCUCCAGCCCUGCAGCCUCCACAGCCGCGUCCAUUCUUGGCAACACCAGUGGCUUAUGGUCCACCACCCCGUUCAGCACAUCGAUCUGGUCCAGCAGCCUCAGCAGUGCCCUCCCCUUCACUACCCCAGCAAGCACUUUAUCCAGUAUCAGCCUCAUGGGCACAGAAGCCUCUCCUGCUCCUUCUCCUUCUGCCUCCAGCCCAGCUGACGACUUGGGACAAACCUACAACCCGUGGCGGAUAUGGAGCCCCACAAUUGGAAGAAGAAGCUCCGACCCUUGGUCUAAUUCACACUACCCUCAGGGGAAUGGAAAUUAGGCAAACAUUAAAAUAAAGUGGGGGGUCCUGCAUCCAGAUCAUGAUAUGCCAGUUUUGGAGACAUCUUCCUAAGGCUCUUGCUGUUGUAGCUUCCCACUCCCCACCCUCCUCAUCUUUGCAAACAGACCCGUGCUGGGCAGGCUUGUACCACUCGCUUCUUUCAGAUCUUUCUUGCAAUUAUGAUACUACGAGAUUUGCUAUUGUGCUUUUAGAGAAAAGUCUGGGCUUAGCUCCUCACUCUGAUAGGAUCUGCACAUCUGAGAACCUUAACUGGUACCAUGUUUUCCCACUUGUCCAUUUUUCCAUGCUUUAUUUAUCUGUAAAAAUACAAAUUUGACAUCACACCUAAGGGAAAAUAAUUUGAGUUAAUUCAGCAGUCCUGGCAUGUGACAAUUUUAUUAAAUUACCAAGUUUGGUUUUUAAUAAUUUCACAGUAUUAUGCACUAAGAUCAAUAUUUUACAAAAAGCUAAGGACUUUGUGCUGAAAAUUGCAGAGUAUUUUUUUAAAGUAAGGCUGUCUUGGUUUAAAAGCAGAUUACAGAAAUGUAAACGUCAACUUUGAGAACAGUGAAUGAAUGCAAACACAUUCAGUUGAGACCAUAGGCAUUUUCUGUGCUGUUUGUACUCAGAGUAUGUAACAUUUGUAUACCUGAAUUUAUUUUCAAGAUGAACUGAAAUGCACAUAACCAAGUCUUGAGAUACAAGAUUGAAUGUGUGUUUCUUAAAAAUACAACUUUGUGUUGUACUUUGAAAUAAAUGAUGCUUUUUUCA